UUCAGUGUGCGGAGUUUUCCUUGUCCGGCUGCUUUCGGCACUUGCUGUCGCAGACGACAUCGGCGUCACGAGUACAUGUAUGAACAGCUGCAUGCUAUUGAGAAAUCUCAGCUCAACAACAGUCUGGACGAAAUUUGCAUCGUAUUGUCUGUCGGUUCCUUGUGAUUGAGUGAACCCACGACGGCUCAUGUCCUUGGAUCAGCCCGCAACUUUAUGAACCGCAUCAUCGCCCGUCGUCACGACACAGCCCACCACAGCUAUGUCCAUCCCUGAAAACUCGGCAGAAUCAACCCCUGAGCCGAGUCCCUUCGCGGCCUCUGCGGCCUCUCGCAAGCGCAAGCGAUCCUCUCCUGCUGGGCCGACGACCCGUGAGUAUGGGUUCAUGCGUGAUACGGGCGAGCACGACACAGCGCGCUUCGUCGGGUCCAGCAGCGGCAUUCACUUCAUUCGGAAUGUGCACAUGAGGAUCGCGCGGAAGAAUGCCCAGACGUCGAGCGCGAGGCCUUUGAGGGAGAUGGUUCCUGGGGAGGACGACCAAUUGAGGCAGAGGGACGCCCAAGGCAGCACUUCUCUGUGGACAGAGAGCGAGGUCGCAGACUCGGAAAAAGGAGCAAGUUUUGAUCAACUUGUGCAUUGGUCAAAAAGCUACUUUGAGACAUGGCAUCCGAUACUGCCAUUCUUACAUGGGCCUGAUGUUCUGAGAAUCUUCGAGGCUGUCAGUGAGUCUGGCCUCUCGUCGCUGGACAGGUAUGACGGUGUAAUCCUCCGGUCCAUCUUUUCCAUCUCGCUGGCAGACAGUCGCCAGAGCGCGCCCUUUCAGGACAAGAUACCCCGAGAACUAGUAUACAAGUCUGUGGACCAUGCAGUGAUGUGCUCUCAGUUUGCGCUCCAGCAGCCCGCAUCCAUACGAGCGACGCAGGCAGCACUGAGCGUCCAGCUCUUUUUGAUCUCAUUUCUCUGCCUCAACGCCGCAUCUAGGCUCGGUGGCUUGCUGGUCAAGAUGGCUUUUCACCUGGGACUACAUCGAUGUCCGACACGAUAUCCCUUCUUCACUGCAGAAGAGGCGGCCAGGCGACGAAGAGUGUUCUGGUGCUUAUACUGUUGCGAGAGGUUCCUCUCACAGUCGCUCGGCUUGCCUCUGGAUAUACGAGACGAUGAUGUCGACGUUUGCUACCCAGGUGAGGAACAUCACGGCGUGAGUACGGCGAGCGACGACGGGGACCAGCGUCUGCGGCUUUUGGCGUACAUGUCAAAGCACGCUCGCAUCCGUGGUCUGAUCCUGGAGCUGAGGAACAAGUCGAUACCUGUCCGACACGACACGCCUGAGCGGUCGAUAGCUGUGCAGACAGAACUCGCGAAAUGGGCGAAUGAAAUUCAGGAUACCGUCGAGGCAGGCGAUACUAUGGACGACCCAGAUUCUGCAUCUAUAUCAUUGUCGUCACACAUAUCCUCUGGACAUCGCUUGAUCCUCCUUCUGUCCAAGUACGAGUCGACGAUCUCUCUCAACCGGCCAAUGAUGGCUUCCGACCCAUCGACGCCUCAUUGGGGCGCGGCGAUGCAGUCCUGUAUAUCGGCAGCGAAGAGCAUAUGCAUCACAAUGAAGCGCCAUCUCCAUCAACACCAGGCCGAGGGCAAUAGGUUGACAGUGCCGAUGCUCUGGCCUGCUUACAUCUGGGCCGCGUGGAUCAGCGCGUUUGUACUUGCCUUUGCAGCUUUUGAGCAACAAAUGCCCAUGGAGAGUGCGCUGAGACACAUUGAGUCCAGCAAAGAGGUUUUGCGACAUCUCGCGGCAAGAAACACGUCAUGGCCGGAGUAUUGCCUGUCCGCCAUCGACGAGUUGACAUCGGCCGUUGAGGAGCUCUCCCAGACAUCGAGGGAGAGUUUCCCUCGGAGCACAGUCUACUCAGCAGUGCUAGAAUCGCAUGGGACCGGCCGUGCCUCGAGGAGUCAAACCGCUCACGGCGAGGAUGGCCAAGUCGAUACGCCUACAACAGGCUCAACUGUUGAUCGAGGACACGCACACGCCGCAAUGAGUCGCCCGACGGCGCCACCAGUUGUGAUCUCGUCGGUAGGCGCUCACAAUCCUCCCGGCUCGUCUCUGGACCAGGACGCGUACUAUCGUCGACGAUCAGAUCGCGCACCGGCAAGCUCAAACCGCGCUUCUUCUUACCCUCAUGCACAGCAGCCGAUCCCACCACCGAGACCUUCGUGGCCAUCGACCCUGGGGCCGAUGGAUGGUCUGGGAGUUGACAACAUUGAUGCGGCACCCGGUGAUGGGGCCCAAGAGUCGAUGAUGUGGUAUGACCAGUUGUUCGAUAGCUCAUUCGGUGUGGUGGACAAUCCGUUCCUGGCCACGGCACCCUUUGAUGCUUCGGGGGAGACAAAUUGGUUCCCGGGAUGACCAGAAUGCCAUCACACUGGUUGCUGAACUGCGAUCAUGUUGGCCUUUACUGAGCAGCCGAAAGUGCCAUGUCGUGAGGACUGGAGUGGAGCGGGAACAAACCU